AUGAAGCUUAAUAAUUCACAAAAUGAAAACUAUAGAAUGAAUCGUGUCUUUAUUCAUAAAUAUUUUUCUAAUCCGUUAUUUGGUGGCCUCUUUGGUGGUAGUGCAGGUGCACAAGUACAACAACAUCCUCAACCUCAAUUCGUAAAAGUAUUACAUAAACAUGCUGGCCCACAAGUUGUAAAUAUUUAUCAUCAUGGUGCUGGUGGUGGCGGUGGGCAUGGUGGAGGUUUCGCUGCCGGUGCAGCUGGUAUUGGGCAUGGAGGUGGUGGCGGAGCACAAAUUGUCAAAGUUGUACAUGAACAAGGCGGUUUUGUCGGUGGUUCCGGAGGUGGCGGUUUUGCCGCUGGUGGUUUCGGCGGCGGCGGUGCCCAAGUUGUAAAAGUUGUUCAUGAACAAGGAGGUUUCGCUGCUGGAGGUGGUGGUGGCUACGCAGCUGGUUUUAGCCAUGGCGGUGGUAUUGGCGGAGGAGCUGCACAAGUUAUUAAAGUAGUACAUGAACAUUCUGGCGGUGGUGCCAUUGGUGGUGGAGCUAUUAUUGGUGGUGGAGGUGGUGGUGCUGCGCAAGUUAUAAAAGUAAUACAUGAAGAAUCACAUGGUGGUGGUGUUUCUGGUGGCAGUUAUGCAUCUGGUUUCAGUCAUGGUGGAGGCAUUGCCGCCGCAGAACAAGUUGUUAAAGUUAUACAUGAACAAGCUGCCAGUGUACAUGGCGGCGGUCAUGGUGGCGGUGAACAAGUUGUAAAAGUUAUUCAUGAAGAAGCUGGACAUGGACAUGGAGGAGGUUUCGGUGGCGGUGGUGGACAUCAUGAAGAAAUUAAAGUAGUUAAAAUUAUUCAAGAAGAAAGUCAUCACGGUGGUCAUCAUGGGGGAGGUUGGGGCAAAAAAUGA